ACCACCGGCAGCGCAUAGAGACAAAUGUUAUUUGUUGCCCAACGUUAGAGACGGCCUGUAUUGAUGAAAAUUAUGUUGUAGCUCGUUGUCUAUCUUACACUGAUGGGAAAGAGGGGGCGCAUUUAAGUUUUCAACUGGACAGUAUGACUCCCGGUCACAGAAAUAUAUACCGGAAGACGGCAUAAGGCGGUUUCUCCCUGCAUUCAGUCAAGCAACUGGACAGUAUGACUCCCGGUCACAGAAAUAUAUACCAGAAGACGGAAUAAGGCGGUUUCUCCCUGCAUUCAGUCAAGAAGGAAGGUGGUGAUUUGAGAAGAAAGAAAAGAAAAAAGUUGAUCAUAUGAGGAAAAGAACAACACAAUAAUGGCUGGCGAACUCAACCAUUCACCUGAGGAUUGGACUGAAUCUGAAGUAAGCACGUGGUUGAGACGGAUUGGAGUGAAGGAGCCGUACAUAGAAAAACUUAAUGAGGAAGAAGUAAAUGGACAAAUUCUUCUGACAUUGAAUGAGGAGUUUUUGAAGACAAAGAUUUGUAUGAAAUCAGGGCCUGCUCAUUUGAUUAUCCAAAAAAGAGAUGAGCUCAUCAACUCCAAGCAAAAGUCCAAAGAGAAGAAAAAGUCCACCAGUGCCAAAAAACCUGAGUUGGAACAAAAAUCAGUUCAAAGUGUUGCAGCAACAGCUGAAGGUCCUCCAGCACAGACCCAUGUGAGAGAGCAAGGUGCUCUAAAAGAGGGGCAAAAUGCAAUUUCAAAGGAAGACUGUAGACCAAGACCAUUUGAUAGAGAAGGGAUUGAUUUCAUAUAUGUGAAGCACAGAGUCCUACAACCGGAAUCAGGUGCUUCUAAUCUAACAUCUCCCUGCCAUGAAUUCAAGUCAUUUGCUGUAGCUGCUACUUUGGAUCGCACAAGACUCCAAGCUAAGUUUGCUAAAGAGGUCCUUAAAUUUGCAGUUGGCUGUAUGAAUAUCAGAUCAAAUGGUACAAUACACUUUGGUGUGAUGGACAGCAAAGAGGAUGCAGGGUAUGUGCAUGGUGAGUUAAUUGGUAUCCCUGUAAAAGAGAAGGACAUCUUUGUAGAUGCUUUGGACUACAUUGAGAGAUGUGUCUCCUCUGACAAGGAGCAUGUACGCCAGUGUGUGCGGCCUCCAAGGUUCAUUGAAGUUAUGGAUAGGGAAAGUACAGAAAAGAGAUAUGUGGUAGAGGUUGACAUUGUGCCUUCAAUAAGCAUUGUCAAAAGCAAGGUGUAUGCAGUUCGUCUGCCAAACUUCAAAGAGUCAGCCAACAAGGUAGAAUUUGAAAAAGAAACAAUUCUGCGAAGGCUGGGUUCAAAAACUGAACCAGUGAAUGACAAAGACCUGAGUGACUUCUACCAGAGAGUCAAAGAUCGAGAUGCACUAAGAGAAGAAGCAGAGAAAGCUAAGUUUCUCAGUGCUCCAGGAAUCUGCCAAGACCUUGGAAGGAAACUAACAAUGCUGAUGACAAGUGGCAAAAAGUUCAUUGAAAACGAUAAGUGGUUCAUACUAGUCACAAACAAAUUCCAACCUGUUGACCUUUGCAACACUGACUGGCUGCUCAACUUGAACAUAUUCUGUGUUUUUGACUUUGACCCAGACUCAAAGAUAUCUGGUCUUUGCAGUAAAUAUCUUCAGCAUCAUGCCUCAAACAUGCAUUCUCUGCAGAGUUAUAGGAUAUCUGGUGACAUGAGCAUCAAAGAGUUCACAAACCACUUGCAUCUGUUCGAACAAACCAGCUGGAUCUUUUGCAAUGGCCGCACCGACUUUAAAGAAACUCCAUAUGAUGAAAUGACUUGGAUCAAGACCAAAAUGACUUUCCUGCGAGAGUGUGUCUCUUUAAUCUGCAAACAAAUCUUGCCAAAAGGAACUUUCCAGGUCAUUUUUCUUCUCACAUCCCCAGUUGAAAAACCACUCUUGCACACCUUCAAUGAGUUUUUCACCGACAUGGAAGGCCACGAAGACAUCAUCUGCAUCUGUGAGUCCGAGGAAAACUUCCAGAAGUGGCAAUACUUUGCAGAGGGGUCAUGUGGAAGAGAAGCUGUGAACAAUGCCAGUGUUGUUGGGAUGAAAAUGAGUCACAUCAAUGCAACUCUGCAGCAAGUACAACCCUUUAAAGCAGGGGCCAGCAAACACCUGCCAGUCUUUGUGAAAGGCACAUGCGUUCUUGAAACACAUGAAGAAGAACAGAUGUAUUCUCUGGAAAUUCUGACAGUUGAUCAUUGUGACGACACAAAUGAAGACUUCAUCAAUGAGGAGAAAGAAAACAUUGAAAAACUGUUCUACCGUGGUGGGAAGGUGAACUGGUUGAAUUUCUGGCUUGCUGAGCACAAGUAUGUGGGAGAAGUCAUUGAAAGGGAUGCCUAUCGUGACGUUGCCAAACUUCUUGAUGAUGCCUUGAAAGGGAAUGCAGAUGAAACUCCAGUCAAUAGUAUAAAUAUCUUCCAUCAUCCAGGAAGUGGUGGAAGCACAGUUGCAAGACAAGUUCUGUGGAACAACAGGAAAGAUCUGAGGUGUGCUGUUGUGAAGCCCUCAUACACAGUUUCUCUUGUUGCACAACAUGCAGUUGAACUGAGGGAGUAUGAGGAAAAAGAUCCACAGAAGUGUCUUCCUGUGCUGCUCCUCAUUGAAGACUCCGACAAAGACUAUCUAGAUGAUCUCAGAAAUGAACUAGAGGUCGCUGUUAACACCAAAAGAAUCCAGUCCCAGUCUGGAACUCCAUGUUUCAUUUUGUUGAGCUGUAGGCGAUCCCAUGAUCCCGAAAGGAGAUGCAGGGAGUCUCCAUUAAAGAAUGUGUCUGUCACCCACAAACUGUCUGCCCAAGAGAGGAGAACGUUUUCUGGAAAACGAGUGGCACUAGAACAACAAUAUGAACCUGAGUUUAUUCUGACUUUUGUUCUUAUGAGUCAAGGAUUCAAUGUUGAUUAUGUUCAGCAAUUUGUAGAGCACUUGCUUCAAGAUAUUGAUCGCCAGUCUGUUGUCACUCGCCUCAUUCUCUAUGUAGCAUUGUUGAACACUUACGUUCAAAACUCUUUCAUCUCCCAGUCUCAUUGUGAAGCCUUGCUCGCUCUGACCAUUCGCAUGGAAAGGUUUCACCAGCAUGAGUUUGAGAAAUCACUCAGCCCUCAGGCUAAACUAGUCUUCUUGCACCUCCGAGAUGAAAAGACAUACAUUAGAUCAAUCAGAAUCAUUCACCCAGUCAUUGCAAAGGAAAUUCUGCAGCAACUUUUGGGGGAACAGACCCAAAGCAGUUUGGCGAGGAACUUGCUCUGUGAGGAUGGGCUUUUCGAACACAGAUUUGGAAGAGACGAAUACUUGUCGUUCCUGAGAGCACUUUUCAUAAGGCGAUCAAGAAUCAGUAAAGGGGAUGAAUAUGACAGUUUUUUCUCUCCACUGAUUGAGCAUGUGUGUGAAAAGGAAAGCCCAGACAAUGCAAUUGAUUUGCUUAAGGAAGCGUUUGAGCGUUUUCAUAAAGAUCCAUUCUUUGCACAACAACUUGCUCGUCUUCAUUAUACUUAUGAAAAGUUUGAAGAUGCAAAAUGCUGGGCUGAGACAGCAGCUAAACAACAGCCACACAACUCAUACAUCCUGGACACAAAAGGGCAAGUGUACAGGAAAUGGUUCCAAGCUAAAUGCAAGGCCAUUGACCAUGACAAUGUAUCGAAGACAGCCGAAAAUACAGCAGAUGCUUUGGGAACUGCACUGAAAGCACUUGAGUGUUUUCAAGAGUGUGAGAAAGCAGCUGAAGCAGAUAAGGAAAAUGUGAACAAUUCAGGGUUUUUUUCUGAAGUUGAAGUUGGAUGCAGUCUUCUCAAACUGAUCUCCUCAUUGGACGUGUUUGCCCACAGAGGCAAUGGCCAUGCAGAGUGUAUGAAGUACCUGUUGACAGAUUACAUUCCAGAGGAAGUUAAAGAUGCCUGGGGACCAUUUCAUGGCCGUUUGAAAAAACUUCAUAAAACAAUGCACGAUGCCUUGGAGUGGAUUUCAGAGGACCUCAACUACUUUCAGACAGACAUUGAUAGAAAUGAAGAAGGGAUCCCUGAAAGUCCUGAGGAGAAAAUUAGCCAGCCAUUGACAUGGUUGGCAAAAAAAUCUUCAGAGUAUGGGAAGUACUUCAGUGAAGCUUAUUCCAAUGUGCCUCAGGGCCAGUCUAUCCCAGACAAUCUUACCCCCUUCCAAAAACGCAUGAUCAUCUGUCAUCUUGGCGGGGGAAAUGUAACAUCUAUCCUCUCCAAGCUAACUGACCAGAGAGAUGCAGUGCGUCUCCUGGAGAGCAUCCUUUCUCUCUACCCCAGGGAUCCAAUUAAGGCCAAAUUUGGUCAAAGGGAUAUUGUCAAUUACAUCAUGGCCCACAUUUCACUGAACUGCCUGUCACCAGAGAUUCAAAAAGUGGCUCCUGUGAAAACUCUACAGGCACUCUGUCGUCAGUUUCCAUCUGACAAAAAGAAAUGUUUACCAAGUGCUCUGUUCCUACUUACCUUGCUGUUCUGGCCAGAAGAUCAUGACACGGACCUGGAGAAAGAAACCAAAUAUGAAAUUGUGCAAUCGGCAGUUGAACACCUGGAAAAAGACUACUGGACCAAGAUGAAGGACAUCCCUCAGAGAAAGAGAAGGCUUUACACUCAUUUUUUUCUUGGCAGUGGGAAUGGAUUGGAUAAAUUUGUCCACAAGAAAAAGUUUGAAAAAGUCACAAAGAUGUUUUCAGUCUCUGAGAAACGCAUGAAGUGGUUUAGGGGUGAGGCAUGGAAAAAGCCUGAGAUUGCCACGAUGCUGAAACGUGUGUCCGGAUGGACUGAAGACGGAGUGGUGUACCUUGAUGGACCCAGGAAAAAGAAGUUCAACAUCCUCCCUCUUCAUGUACCUUCGGUUCCUCAUAGUAAUGAGAACAUCAUGUUCUACCUAGGGUUUACCUUUAGAGGCCCUGUGGCAUGCGACAUCAUUGUGAAAGAAUAGUUUUCCUUGGCCAUGUCUCACAAGGCUGCUUUUCAACUUGCUGAGUGGAACUAGCAUCCACCUCAUUAUCAAGUGCAAGAACUGAUUAUGGCGAGAAAAAAACACCAACACACAAGCCUUGUUAUGAAGCUUUAACCAAGGGAACAUUGUGAAAGACUAAACAAAUUGUGAAGAACAUGGAAUACUAAUGAAUGUGUCAACAGUUUGAUACCAUCAUUUAUAUUUGAAAAUGCACUUAUGGACUUUGAUAUUACCAAAUCUUGAAUCCCAAGCAUAAGCAAUGUAAACUGAAUUUGGUACUCUUCAUUCCAAUGCUUCUCAGACAGGAACUUCAAAUUAUUAUUUUCAUGUGUAUUCACUGUGUUAUGUUAUUUUUGUUUUGUUUGAAAAUCACAGAUGAUUUUAUUUGGAUUUUGGUGUCCACACUUGGCAUCAAGAUGCAUUUCAUUACAGCUCAAGUGAGCUUUUGUGCUUAGAUUUUAAUGGCUGUUGCACAUUUGGUCUUAACUUUUGAAAGUGAGGGCUAAUAAAGGGAUUUCAGCAUUGUUGUUUGAUACCUCAAAUCUGGUCACUAAUUUUUGAGGUACAACUCAAAAUGAGCUUUCAGAACCUAAUAUAUCAGCAUUCAGCUUUAAACAUAGGAGAAAUGAAAGUUCCUGUAUGAAUCAAUCUUGAUGGUGCAUGUUUCAAGUUGGUGUUAAUGGCUCAUAUUAUCCCUGCUGUGUUUUCAAUGAUACAAUGUAAUAAACAGUGGAAAUGUAUGGAACUACUUAUAACAAAACAGUAAUCAUGCUCUUCAGCAUUGUUCCUGUGUUCUUUUUUAUGAUAAAUGUUUAAAGAACAGCAGUACUGUGUUCAAUCAGAGAUCAAAUGUGUGUUUAUAUUGAUAUGCUGCAGAGAACCAGAGAAUGUAGUGUCUGAAUACAUUGCUUAUAACAACCAGAGAUGUCUUACAAAUGGAGCUACUGGUAAAACCAGUACCACUGUGUAAAUGUACACUUUUGCAGCUAUGCCUGUUUAUUUUCUCUGUUUUUUUAUUCUUAUGUUAUAUCAACAUAAAGGGAUAUUUUGUCCCUGCCAACAUUAAUGUCCUAAAAUAAUGCACAUGUGUUUGAGUGCAAUAAAAGUAUAUAUAUUUCUCA